GAAUGCUAUAUGUUGAGAUUGUUUCAAGAAAUUGUAUUUUAUGUUGAACAAUCUUUUAGAUAAUAUACUUUAUUGUAAAAUGUUCAAUAUAAAAUAGAAAAUAAAAUAAAAGGAAAUAGGGUUAACGGUUGGCCAGUUAGUUUCACUAUCCAUUACAGGCGGCGUCAGCUAAUCCAAUCGCACGAUUCCUCCUCCGCCUCGUUUUCGAUGAAAAGCACGUGUGCACAGGCCGUCUCCGCCAAUGCUCCACCGCCACCACCACCACUCCCAUCACCUCCAUCACUUUAUUAACACCACCUCUACCUGAAAAAAUCUCUCUCUCUCUCUCUCUCUCCACACACACUAUGUCGAUUUUCUCUCCUUCUUCCCCUACUCUCUUCUUAUCCACCACAAAUCCUAGGGUUUCUCUCUUACCUUCUACUUCUAAUUCUUCAUCCUGGCGAGUUCGUUCGGCUUUCCGGCGGUUUCCGUGCUUGGCGUUUUCUGCCGCCCAUGGCAUGGCGGAAACGGUUCAAGACAAGAAGUGUUCGCCUUCGCCAUCCUCUACUCCACUACCGGUGUCUGGAUCCGAACUCGGUUGCUCUCCUACAUUCAUCGAUGCUCGCUCUGAACAAGAUCUCAUUUUGGGAAUUCAAAGAGAGCUAGAAGCUGAAACACUUCCAAAACCCAUUGCUCAAUCAAUGGAAGAGCUGUAUCACAACUACAAAACUGCAGUUCUCAAAAGUGGAGAUCCUUGUGCAGAAGACAUUGUAGUGUCAAAUAUGCGUGUAGCUUUUGAUCGUAUGUUUUUGGAUGUGAAGGAGCCAUUUGAAUUUUCACCAUAUCAUGAAGCUAUUCGAGAACCCUUUGACUACUAUACAUUUGGUCAAAGCUAUAUUCGUCCUUUGAUCAAUUUCAAGGAAUCAUAUGUUGGAAACGUCUCCCUUUUCACUAAAAUAGAACAACAGCUUAAUCAGGGAGAAAAUGUGAUUUUGAUAUCAAACCACCAAACAGAAGCAGAUCCAGCUGUCAUCGCCUUAUUGCUUGAAACAACAAAUCCCCAUAUAUCUGAAAACAUAAUCUACGUGGCAGGUGAUAGAGUUAUAACAGAUCCUCUUUGCAAGCCUUUCAGCAUGGGAAGAAACUUGUUGUGUGUGUAUUCAAAAAAACACAUGAACGAUGACCCUGAGCUUGUUGAUAUGAAAAGAAGAUCCAAUACAAGAAGUCUAAAAGAAAUGGCUUUGCUUUUAAGGGGUGGAUCUAAAAUAAUAUGGAUCGCACCAAGUGGCGGAAGGGACAGACCAGAUCCAGUAACAAACCAGUGGUUUCCGGCACCAUUUGAUGCAAAUUCACUGGACAAUAUGAGAAGGCUUGUGCAGCAUGCGGGUGUGGUUGGACAUAUAUACCCUUUAUCCAUGCUAUGCCAUGACAUCAUGCCACCUCCACCUCAGGUUGAGAAAGAAAUUGGAGAAAAAAGGUUGAUAUCGUAUCAUGGAACCGGAGUAUCAGUGGGCCCCCCGAUUGAUUUCCAGGAAGCUACUGUCUCAUGCGGAUCCCCCGAUGAGGCGAAGGUAGUUUAUUCACAGGCAGUUUAUGAUUCAUUCUGUCCCCUCAGGUGAAGGCUAUUUUUUUUUUUUUUACAUGACCUUAGGUGUAUAGAUACUGAAAUUUACAGUAAGAGAAAGCGGUUGUUACAUUACAGGUGGUUAGUUUUUGUUUUUGUUUUUGUGAACAUUUCUCGAUGAAGUCAUGUUUUGGAUUGGAUCCUGAAUGAUGUACAGGUGUAUGUUAUGUUUUUGGAUUGUAAAGGGAUACACCACACCUUUAACAUACACAUGUUGCACCUUUUACAACCAAUAUAUGAAAUUUCUUUCUACUUUACCCUAUGCUAAUAAAUGCACCUUUAUAUCUCUCCACUUAGGAGACGUGAUACAGAAACCAC